CGCCAGAUAAUUAAACAGCUGAUUAUUGCAUUUAAUUCGGUUGCUAAGCGACUUUUGAUAAUCUGUGUGAUUUCAUUGGGUAUCUGACCAAUCAGAUAACAAUUCUUACUUAAGUACAAUGAAGAGUACAUUUAUUAGACGGUUCGCAACACUCAGACCUGAGAUUGUAACAAAAAGCUUCCCUGGACCGGUUUCUAAGUCGAUAUCUAAGGAUAUUUCAGAAAUUCAGGAAGAUAGAGCACAUCAGUUCAUAGUUGAUUACGGUAAAAGCUCUGGUAACUACAUUGUAGAUGCUGAUGGUAAUACACUGCUCGAUGCAUUUGCACAGAUUGCUUCAAUCGCGAUAGGAUAUAACAACCCAGCUUUGAUUGAACUCGCUAAAUCUGAAGAGUUCAUCACAGCAGCGAUAAACAGACCAGCUUUGGGUAACUUCCCUCCAUCGAACUGGAAACAAAUACUCGAGGAUGGAUUACUCAAGAAGACACCUAAAGGGCUCGAACAACUCUUCACCGCAAUGUGUGGAUCCUGCGCCAACGAAUCCGCAUACAAAGCAGUUUUCAUGGCCUAUCGCGAUAAACACCACGGAACUGGUUUCAGUGAGGAAGAACUAAAAAGCUGUAUGCAAAAUGCCGCACCAGGUUCACCAGAAUAUUCUAUCCUCUCUUUUGAAUCAGCUUUCCAUGGUAGAUUGUUCGGCUCGCUCUCAACUACACGCUCCAAAGCUAUCCAUAAGAUCGGCGUACCUGCAUUUGAUUGGCCGCAAGUUGCCUGGCCGGCUGUCAAAUACCCUCUUGAAGAAUAUGGGGACUAUAAUAGAGCAGCUGAAGCUAAAUCUCUAGAAUUGGUGAGACAGACUAUACGUGAACACAAAACCAAGAAACCGGUAGCAGCACUCGUAGUCGAGCCAAUCCAAUCAGAAGGUGGAGAUAACCAUGCCUCUGCAGAUUUCUUUAGAGGUUUGAGAGAAAUCACCAAAGAGGAAGGCGUCUAUAUGAUUGUUGAUGAAGUACAGACUGGGUUCGGUGCUACUGGUUCAUUCUGGGCUCAUGACAAGUGGAACCUCGAGACACCACCAGAUAUCGUCACUUUCUCUAAGAAGGCCCAAGCUGCUGGUUUCUACCACAACUUUGACUUACGUCCUUCAUUACCAUACAGAAACUUCAACACCUGGAUGGGUGAUCCAAUUAGAGCCUUACAAGCAAGAGAGAUGAUAAAAUAUAUCGAUAAUCACAAUCUUGUCAAGCAUACAGAAGAUGUUGGAGAGUUCAUCUACACUUCUCUCAAGAACCUCAGUGGAAACACACCAAUUGAAAAUGUCAGAGGCUGGAAACAAGGUACAUUCAUAUCGUUCGAUAUGCCAACAUCGCAAGGAAGAGAUCUCGUUGUGUCUAGUAUGAGAGCUAGAGGUGUUAACAUUGGAGGAUGUGGUGAAAGAGCUGUGAGAUUAAGACCAAUGCUUAUAUUUGGUAAAGAAGAAGCGGGAAUAUUACUUGACACACUAAGAAAAGUAAUCGCUGAUAUCUGAAUUUAUUAUGUAUACAAUAUAAAUCAAUACUAAAACA